GUCCACACGGCGCGUUGCGUUGCGUUGCGUCGUCGCAACGCAAAUAUUUUGACGCAUAGCCGGCCACACGGGCGCUGCAGCGUUACUAUGACGCAGUCAACGUUCCGUCGGCGCAGCGGCGACGCACAGUUGCGGCAAGUAUUUUGAAAAAAAUUCGCAGUCAGUCUAUAGCAAAUCAUGGAUCGGAAAAGACGUCUAGCAUUGCUCCUAUUACUACGUCACCGCCGAAAUCGACGCAAGAUCACAAGACGGUACUGGAUCAGUCCUUUCAUUUCAUUAAGAAAUCGUGAUGGACAGUUUUUUUUUUUAGAAUAUCGGGAGUUGCUAUUAGACGAAAAGAAGUUUUAUAAUUUUUUUAGAAUGAGUGUAUCCAGCUUCGAAUGUUUAUUGAAGUCCUUAGAACCACACAUACGAAAAAACUAUACUAAUAUGAGGAAUCCAGUGGAACCAGUAGAAAUGCUGGGAAUCACUUUAAGAUACCUAGGAAGUGGAAAUUCAAUAACUGAUUUACAUUUCAAAUUCAAACGGGGAAAAUCUACUAUUGCAUAUAUAAUACAAAGAGUUUGUCGUGCUAUAUGGACCAAUCUUCUUCGAGACAACAUCCCUGAACUGACAACUGAAAGUUUCCAAACAAUAGCGAGGGGUUUUGAUGUAAAGGCAAAUUUUCCUCAAUGUGUUGGUGCCAUCGACGGCAAACAUAUCCGCGUGUGUAAUCCUGCAAAUAGUGGCUCACUUUUUUUUAAUUAUAAAGCCUUUUUUUCGAUUGUGUUGCUAGCUAUUGUGGAUUCAAAUUACAAAUUCGUAUUUGUCGACAUCGGUGCAUACGGAAAAGAAUGCGAUUCAACCAUAUUACAAAAUUCUAAACUGUACGAGCUAAUGAUUAACAACAACUUACCACUACCUCAACCCCAGCCACUCUCUGGUAGCAAUAUACCAACCCCGUAUGUAUUUGUGGGUGACGAAGCUUUUGGACUGAGCAAACAUAUUAUGCGUCCAUAUGGCGGUCAAAAUCUCGACUUACAACAAAAGGUUUUCAAUUACCGUCUAAGCAGAGCCAGAAGAUAUGUCGAAUGCGCUUUUGGGAUUAUGGCUAACAAAUGGCGCAUUUUUCACAGACCGAUAGACGUGUCCUAUGACUUCGCUACUGACAUUAUAAAAGCAUGUUGUGUAUUACACAAUUUUGUCGCUGAUCGAGAUGGUUUUAGACAAAGAGAUAAAUUUGCUAUAAGUGUUGAUGAAUUUCUCCCAAUACAACCCGUACAUGAAGAACAGACAGCACCGAAUGUCAUAAGACAGCAAUAUGCGACCUAUUUUAUGACUAGAGGAACUCUGCCUUGGCAGCUAAAUAAGGUAUAA